AUAUUCAAUCCAGUUAAUAUAACUACCGAUGAUGCACAUAAAAUGUUAAAAAAUAAUUUAUUGACAGAGUUUUAAAUUUCCCGCUCGUUCAGUUCAUGUGAAGGUUCAUCAUGGCGGCCCUCAAACUAUUUUCUUUGCAGAGAUCUGCUGCCCCAAUGAUGCGGUCUGCUGUCCUGCUAGCCCCACAACAAAGGGGUUGCUACAAAAUUGUGACUCCGAAGGAAUCGGACAUGUCCUUCAAGGACAUCACAGACAGAGCAGCUGCCACUAUGUUUUGGACAGAGCUAUUCAGGGGCUUUGGAGUUACACUGGCUCACAUUUUCAAGGAACCAGCAACAAUAAACUAUCCUUUUGAAAAAGGCCCGCUAAGUCCCAGAUUCAGAGGAGAGCAUGCCCUGAGGCGAUACCCUUCAGGCGAGGAACGUUGUAUUGCUUGCAAACUCUGCGAGGCAAUCUGUCCCGCUCAGGCCAUCACCAUUGAAGCCGAGGAGAGGGCUGAUGGAAGCAGGCGAACUACCAGAUACGACAUUGACAUGACCAAAUGUAUUUACUGUGGGUUCUGCCAAGAAGCAUGUCCUGUUGAUGCCAUUGUUGAGGGUCCUAACUUUGAAUUCUCAACUGAAACUCAUGAAGAGUUGCUUUACAACAAGGAAAAGCUGCUUAACAACGGAGAUAAGUGGGAGUCUGAAAUUGCUUCUAACAUCCAGGCAGACCAUCCCUACCGCUGAAUAGGUCAUUAGUGGAUUAGAUGUUGAACAACUUGUUAUGUAAAUAAAACUAUUGACAGCAACCAAAAACAAA